UUUGUAUGUUUCUUUUCUUACAGAACCUUACACAUGGCACUGACCGGAGUCUCUGCCGCCGUUGGCCGUGUCCUAAGCCGCCAGAAAACCCGCAAACCUAUCCUCAACACCACCCGACCCGGAAACAACUCAGCGACCCACCACCAAAUCCUCGAGCAACUCGAAGGCGGUCACAUCUCCAAAGCAGUCUCUCUCCUCUUCCCUUCUCUAGAGCCAGUCUCCUACUGGCUAUACGAGCGUCUCCUCCGCUCGUGCUCCUCGAAAUCGCUCGUCGUGCAAGCCCGCAAAGUCGUCUCCCACCUGGUGACGUUCUCUCCCCUCCCUCCGAUCUUCCUAUUGAACAGAGCGAUCGAGACUUACGGCGGAAUCGGGUGUUUGAGCGAUGCGCGCGAGCUGUUCGAGCAAAUGCCUGAACGAGACGGAGGUUCUUGGAACGCUCUGAUCACGGCUUGCGCGAAGAGCAGAGACCACGGCGAGGUGUUUCGCACGUUCGUUAGGAUGAACAGAGACGGGAUACGAGGGACGGAGACGUCUUUCUCGGGCGUGUUGAAGUCGUGCGGUUUCGUCUUGGACUUGGGGCUGCUGAGGCAGCUUCAUUGCGGUGUGGUGAAGCAUGGGUAUUCGGGGAAUCUUGAUUUGGAGACUUCGGUUGUUGAUGUUUACGGCAAGUGUGGGGCCAUGAGCGACGCGAGGAGAGUGUUUGAUGAGAUGGAAAGGCCUAGUGAUGUUUCUUGGAAUGUGAUUGUGAGGAGGUAUGUUGAGAUGGGUUUGAAUGAUGAGGCCGUGGCGAUGUUUUUCAAGAUGCUAGAGUUGAAUGUUCGACCUUUGAAUCACACGGUCUCUAGUGUGGUUUUAGCUUGUUCGAGAUCACUGGCACUUGAGGUGGGAAUGGUGAUCCACGCCAUCGCUGUGAAGCUUAAGUUUCUGCCUGACACGAUUGUUUCCACUUCUGUGUUUGAUAUGUAUGUGAAAUGUGGGAGACUGGAGAGUGCUCGUAGAGUGUUUGAUCAGACAGAGUCUAAAGAUUUGAAGUUUUGGACUUCAGCUAUGUCAGGGUACGCGAUGAAUGGUAUAACUAGAGAUGCGAGGGAGCUUUUUGAUUUGAUGCCGGAGAGGAAUAUAAUCUCAUGGAACGCUAUGUUGGGUGGAUACGUGCGUGCUAGCGAAUGGGAUGAGGCGCUGGAUUUCUUAACCUUGAUGCGCAGGGAGGUGGAAGGUAUUGAUAACGUCACUCUAGUGUGGAUUCUGAAUGUCUGCUCAGGUGUUUCGGAUGUUCAGAUGGGGAAGCAAGCUCAUGGUUUCAUCUACCGGCAUGGUUACGAUGCUAAUUUGAUUGUAGCGAAUGCGCUUCUUGAUAUGUAUGGCAAAUGCGGCGCCUUUGGGAGCGCCAAUGUUUUGUUCCGUCAGAUGAGUGAGCUAAGGGACGAGGUUUCAUGGAAUGCUUUGUUAACUGGUUUAGCUAGAGUUGGCAGGAGUGAACAAGCCUUAUCUUUCUUUGAAGGGAUGCAGCUCGAGGCAAAGCCCAGCAAGUACACACUCGCUACUCUCUUAGCGGGUUGUGCAAACGUUCCUGCGCUUAGUUUAGGCAAAGCAACCCAUGGUUUCUUGAUCAGAAACGGCUAUGAUCUUGACGUUGUUAUACGCGGUGCUAUGGUCGACAUGUAUUCCAAAUGCCGAUGCUUUGACUAUGCUAUCCAAGUAUUCGAAGAGGCGGCGGCAGCUACAAGGGACUUGAUGCUUUGGAACUCAAUGAUCCGCGGAUGCUAUCGUAACGGGAGGAGCAAAGAGGUGUUUGAGCUGUUCAUGCUAAUGGAAGGUGAAGGAGUGAAGCCUGACCAUGUCACCUUUCUGGGGAUCUUGCGUGCUUGCAUACGCGAAGGCCACGUGGAACUUGGCUUUCAGUAUUUUAGUUCUAUGAGCACCAAAUACUUUAUAUUGCCUCAGGUUGAGCAUUAUGAUUGUAUGGUUGAACUUUACUGCAAGUAUGGAUGUUUGCGUCAGCUUGAAGAGUUUCUUCUCUUAAUGCCUUUUGAUCCACCUGUCCAAAUGUUGACAAGGAUGCAUGAUGCUUGUCAAAAGUACGGAUGGAGUAAGUUAGGAGCGUGGACUGCUAAAAGGCUUCAUGAAUGAUCGUCAUUCGUCACCUUCAACCACCAUAUAUGUGAGCAUAUAUAUUAUGCAUUUAAGAAGAUUGCAGACAAAUCACGUGUGUCUUUGAAGACUAGGAUGAGGAAAGGGGAUGAAGCCGUUGCCACAAAUUUAGUGCGUGUAAUCUCUGUUUUGUAUUUUUCAAAGAAGUCUGAUAUCUCCCUGAGACAGAUCAAUGUGAUGUGAUUUUAUUUGAAAUGUAAAAUACAGAACCAUUUGUAAAUAGUAACUGAUGUCUUUUUGGCUGAAUACAAGAAUUGAAGUUAUAUAUUAUUAUUAUUA